AUCCAGUUAGUAAAAAUGGCCCGUACCAAGCAGACAGCUCGUAAAUCUACGGGUGGCAAAGCGCCCCGUAAACAGUUGGCCACUAAGGCUGCUCGUAAAAGUGCUCCGGCUACCGGUGGUGUUAAGAAACCCCAUCGUUACCGUCCCGGUACUGUUGCUCUUCGUGAGAUCCGUCGGUACCAAAAGUCAACGGAGCUGCUGAUCCGUAAGUUGCCAUUCCAGCGCUUGGUCAGAGAAAUCGCACAAGAUUUCAAGACUGACUUGCGUUUCCAGAGCUCGGCUGUUAUGGCGUUGCAGGAGGCAAGUGAAGCUUACCUCGUUGGUCUUUUUGAGGACACCAACUUGUGCGCCAUCCAUGCCAAGCGAGUUACCAUCAUGCCCAAGGAUAUACAGUUAGCCCGUCGUAUUCGUGGUGAACGUGCUUAGACAACUUCCCUCUGUAACCCAUCGGCCCUUUUCAGGGCCACUAACUUAAUGAAACGAAAUUCGCCUUUCACGUUCGUCAUCCAAUGGAAAAACGUACUGUAACAUGAUAUUCAAAAGUAAUACAUUUACACGAUUUGGGUCUUAA